AUGUCUUCAUCUGAUCCUGACACUACGGCUGGUACAACCGGCGCUAUCAGUGCCACCAGUGCUGUCACUUCUGCUAACAAAAAGCAACGAUUGCCCCCUCCAAUCGAGUCAUUGUUGGAUCAAAAAGAUAUUUGGACUGACAAUAUCUUUCCGUUUCUGGGUGUAGGACACUAUGCCUUUGUGGGAGGAGUCAACAAACAGUUCAACCAACUCUACAAGGCCUACUGUCAUUCCGUUGGGGUUCCUUGCAAUACAACCAGUGACAGAGCUGCAUUCUUCAACGUCUCCUGUGCCAAAUACUGGGAUUUGGAUGAUGACAGACGUGAAACUCCCUUUUGUGACCGCCUUUGCAAAAUAAUUGCCAAAGUGGGAAGUGUCCAUGUUAUGCAAUGGGCACAUAAGGAAGGAUAUCCAUUUGAUGAUUGGGCAUGCUUUAUUGCUGCCAGAAAUGGUCAUUUGGAUGUCUUGAAGUAUCUUCAUGAAAAAAUGAGCCCCAAAUGGGACACACAUGUACCGGUAUGUGCUGCUGCUGCUGCAGGAGGGCAUCUGGACACUUUGAAGUAUCUUCAUGAAAAUGGGUGCCCCUGGGACGAAGAGGUGUUGGAGGCUGCUGCUAGAGCAGGGCAUCUUGACAUUUUGAAGUAUGCUCAUCAACAUGGUUGUCCAUGGGAUACAUAUGGCUCAGCCUGCCAAACUGCUGCCUGCAACGGCAAUUUGGAUGCUCUGAAGUAUGCCCAUGAAAACGGGUGCCCCUGGUCCCCUCGGACAUGCGACGUGGCGGCCAUGCAUGGUCAGUUGGAUGCUCUGAAGUAUGCCCAUGAAAAUGGGCUGCCCAUGGGACGAAACUGUAUGUUUUGA